AGUACUUAAUGGUAGUGUGACAAAUGUAAUUCAAAUCAAUUUAUUGACUUCAUACAGGCAGUAGAUAAAAGAUUUGUAGCAUCUAUAUGUCGUCUGGAAGCGGCGCAUCAAAACAGUGUGUCACUUGUCGUCUGCUAUCAUGAGUGGAGAUAUUUACCAUACGGUUUGGCACGUGCUAUACGUCAUAAUUAUGAUACCAAUCGUAGUUGGGAACGGGUUAAUUAUUUUAAGCAUACUUAAAGAUCGGAAACUUAGGACGAAUAUGCAUAUUUUGAUAGGUAAUUUAGCGGCGUCUGACUUGAUUACUGGUUUGUUUUUAAUACCAUACGAUCUCGGCUUUGAACGUGUUCUUGACCACAAUAUGUACAUAUGUUUCGGAAAACUGUCGUUAUUUGUGAUAAGCCUUGGCUCUCUUCUUUACCAUUUAUGGGAUGGAAUGUGUAUUCUGACAAUAAUACAGUAUGUAUCAGUGACACAUUGUGGUCGCCAGGCUACAAAAUCAUGGGUAAACUGGGAGCUUAUUACAGCACUUAUAUUCAACUUUGUUUUGUACACAAUUGUAAUGAAAAUUGCCGUUCGUAAGGCUUGCGACAAAAACCAUAUAAAGGGAGGAAUAAGGAAUACAGCUAAAAUAGAUAAAGAUGUUUACCAAAUGAUGACGAUGGUGAUAGUUCUGGGCGUAUUUGUCAUCUGUUGGUUACCAUACGUCUGCGCGGCUGUUGUUGUGACGUUCUAUGAAACGCCUUAUACGCAAUAUAUCAGAAGAUGUACACUUAUUCCUGGAGUAAUAAAUUCGGCUGUUAAUUGGCUUAUUUAUGGAUAUAGAAACAGUGAGUUUCGGAAAGCGUUUAAGGCGUGGUUUCAAUGUCGUCUGCUGUGUAAAAAGCCAAACAAUGCUACUGCUACUGUAACUUCAACACAGUUCACAAUUACUUGAUUUUUGAUUUCAGUACAAUGCACACAUUUCGAAAUGUUUAAGUUUAAAAGUUUGGGAAAUGCCAAUUA